UCAAUACAAAACCUAAGAGGCUCAUGGUUCUCAUCCUCUUCCAUAGACGUACACAGUAAUUAUGACAACUUCCGGAAGAAGUCCUCCAACCUAUCAGAGCUCUUGUUGUCCACCCAAUCAAAGGAUCAGAUAAUGAAUCUAGUACUGAAAGCAUUAGCUGCAGUUAGCUUGCACUGCAGUGCAUAAAAUGUGGUGUUAAGUUGAUUCAAAGAGAGAAAGACUAUAGUUGAACAGUUUUGAACAAAUUAAUUUCUUUAAAUUGAAGGAGAAGCAAGAGCUAGCUAUAUUUUGUAGUAUUUUUUAAAACUUUCACUUAGCUAGCUAAUGCAGCUAGCUAGUUUAGCCUACUCAAACACCCGGCUCAAACAGGAAUGCUAUGUUAGCUAGCAGGCUAUGGCUAUGGCUAUCCAACACUGGAAUUCUUCCAAGUCCAAGCCUUUUAUUUUAUUUAUAACCACCGGGGCCUGCCGGUGUAACUGCUAAAUUGCUUUCUGACUGUACUGCAUUAUCAUAGCGGGUUAUCUAACACCUUAAUUCUUGUAGCUAUGGUGACUAUGACGUUAGCUAAUAUGGUGACAGCGAUGUAGGCUCUGUGUAGUGGUUAUGAUAUUAAGGUUUGACUUGGAAAGGUUUUUUAGCCUGGUCACAGAUCUGAUUUGUUGUGCACUGAAGUCCACAAACGAAGGGAAAAGGUGAGAGGAGGAGAGCGCGUUGAUGCGAGAAAUAAUUAUGUGGUUAUGCUGUUUGUAUGUGGCUGCUAUGAAAGUGAACUGUGUAAUCCAUGUGAUCAGGGGUGUAUUAAUUCUCUCGAUUCUGUUGAAAAACGUUUCUUAAACGGAACCAAACGGGCUAAACAUACGUGAAUUUGUCCAACAGAAACUCUCAUUUGUAACUGUUGGACUAAUGAUUACACCCUAGAUCAGCUAGAUGCAGGCAAGAGUGUGCAAGGUGUUGUUAAAUGUGUCAUUGUCUGUCACCUUUAUUACUAAAAGAAAUUAUCUUGGCCUGUGCACCUACAUUGUAAACUUUUAUUUAUAGGCUAUGUUGUAGCAACCUCAUGAUGGAUGUAUGGAAAAUUCCAGCAUCAUGUAGUAACCUAAACCUAUUGAUGUUACACUGAGCUGCGUGAUUGGAAUAUGAAUGACAGUCAUCCAAUAUGCUGUAAAAUAAAUAAGGCCAUGCUCAUAAAUGUUUUUUUUGUCCUCCCUCACCUUAAACGGCACCGACCGCCACCCCGUCACAUAUUGUUUCAGUUCUCCUUACAUUCUAAAACUGAUGUGUCACAUCACAGAAGGCAGCAGCUGAAGAGCAGGAGUAUGGUUGCCAUGUUGGGAGAAGCCUUCAUCAGAGUCUUCAGGUACAGGAAAGAGGAUUGUGAUUGUGAUUCCACAAAGGCUCAGGAACGUCCACCACACCCUGCUCCCAAUAUCGUUCUGAACCAAGGUUCAAUGUUAGAAAACAUGGAUGGCCUGGUGCAGUCUGGUCCUAGAGCGACAACCAGGCCCAGUGAUGCCCUCACCAUCCCCAAUAGCCACAGUGACGACUAUGGUGACCUGGAGCUCUAUCGCUCCUGGUGCUGCACCACCUUCUGCAAAGACUACCCCGACCUGCAGCUCAGAGGGGACCAUGUGGGAAACAGGAGUUCAAUGAGCCUGCGGCUGGAGAGUGAGGUGUUCCAAGGGCCACUUCUUCAAUCUCAGGACCUGGGAGAGCUGGAGUCCUUGGAACCCACAGGGCCUGUGGAGCCUGGGGUACAGGUGGAGUCCCAGACCCUGCAGGAUGAGGGUAACCUGGCCAUAGACAGCAGCAUCAUCACCCUGAACAGGGAACCUCUGUCCAACUCCAUGCUGAACGGCUACCUGGAGAGUAAGCUGCUGGAGGUGUACAGACAGCAUAUGCAGGACAGCCUGGCCCGGGGCAGCUCUCCCCUGGUCCAGACCCCUCCGCAGGGCCUGGUACCAGAACCAGUGAAGCAGCUCAGCCAGUAUCUCUGUCAGGACCACGGCCUAGACUCCAGUACGGCCCAGAGCAUCGUCAUCCACUACCUCAGCACCUGCACCGUGGCCAGCUCCAACUUCAGCUCUCCCGACCUGCGCAUCUCCAACUUACGCAUCCCCAACCCUGAGCCCAGGAAGAAGCCCACCUGACUGAAACCAGCAGUAUUUCUACUUUGUCUGCCAACUCUAACGUACUUGACAAUGCUAAAGCAUUCCACUGAAUCUAUACUUGGUGGUCAGUUGUAUUGCAUUCAAGUGGAAAAUUCAAUUGAUAAUUCGGAAGGAGAUCCCCUCAUUUUGUUGAAUUGUUGAAAGAAAUAUCUUUAGAAAAUGUCACAAUGUCCAAAAUAUUUACUACAUAAAUGCAACCAGUUGCUAUAUUGUCAUGCUUGGGUGCCUGAGACAAUGUCAAGCUUUCGAGUUUAAAGACAAAGAGUAGAAAAACAGGGAACUGUGAGCUGAUCUUGUAAAGAAUCUUGUUUCUGAGAAAUGAUUCCUCACAGAUACUGCUGAUUUGAAAUUAUAUUGUUUUAAACACAGAUUUACAAAACGCCAAAGAAAAAAAAUAUUUUCCUAACUUGGUUGUCAAAGCAGAAAAAUAUUGCCACCUGCUGUCAUACAAAAGCAUUGCAUGUUUACUGCAAGUGUCACAUUGCAUUUUGACAAGAAAGAUAUUACACAACAUCUGUGCCAGAAACAUAUCAUGCUGUGCCACAUUUCUAAUGUGUUUUAAUCUUGAAUACGACUGAAUAAAUAAUAAAUAUUAAUAUGCUAAAGAA